AUGUCGGUCUCCACACCAACAAAAGGGCAGAUCCUCAACCUGUAUCGUCGAUACUUGAGGACAUCGCAAUCAUUCUCUUCGUACAACUUCCGCACAUAUUUCUUGCGCCGAUCGCGAGACAUGUUCCGUUCCACUCUUCUACCAUCGUCACAAGCCGCCCAAUCGUCACCUUUCUCUAAGCAAGGCUCGACUACUGCCAAAGUAUCUCCUUCCACCCUUCUCUCGCCAGAAGACAUCAACCAGCCUUUGGGCCAUGGCGAAUCGAUCUCAGCCGCCUCGCUGACAGACGAGGAGAAGCUUUCCAAAUUCUACCAGGCCGCACUCGAGGACCUGAAGGUGCUGCAGAGGUCGGCGCUCAUGAACCGUAUGUACGAAGGCGAGAAGCUGGUUGUUGAGAAGCCAAGAUUGAUAAUUGGAGGUGGAGGUGCAGGACAGGAGGCAUCCGUAGGCGGCGGUGGACAGCCAACAUCCGGCCCACAGAGCUCGGGUGGAGCUCCUCCAAGCUCGUAG